AUGCAGGGCCGCGUGGCAGGGAGCUGGGCUCUCCGGGGCCUGAGGCUGCUCUGUCUUCUUCUCCCAGGCCUCUUUGCCCGGAGCAUCAAUGUAGUGGAGGAGAAAGUUCCCCAGAACUUGGGGUCCCAGUUGCCUCUGCCUGGACAACCUUCCUUGACUGGCUCCUCCACCUCUGAACAUCCUCUGCCCGCACCAGCCCGAAGGUCCAGAGAUUUAGCACGGGCUCCCCUGAAGCUCGAUGCUGCUCUGUUAGGCAGCUCCCAACCUGCAGGGCGUCCUGGGGUGCAGAGGUGGCCUCCACGUGGGGGGCCGCCCGCCCUGGAUUCCUGGCCCUCCGAGGAUCCCUGGCAGGUGCUGGCUGCUGCGGCGGAGGACGGUCCUGGGGAAGCGCUGCCGGAAGGCCUGUCUUACCUGUCCAGCGGCCCCUUGCCCGAGGAGUUCCCUGCGCGCGCAGCGGGCCCCUCUGCCGAGGCUGGGCUCCUCCUCCAGGGCUCGGAGUCUAGAUGGCCGCCCCGUUCUAGCCCGAUAGGAGCCCAGGGAGAAAUCCUCACCCAACGCUCACCCUGGUCUCUCGUCCACAGGGUUCCGGCUGGUCACCCCUGGGGGACCCUGAGUCCCAGUGUGUCCUGGGGAGGUGGAGGUCCUGGGACUGGGUGGGGAACGAGGCCCAUGCCACACCCCACGGGAAUGUCGGGGAUCAGCACUCCAUUCCCUGGUGCCGGCUGGGGGAGUAUUACUCGCUAUCCCGGCGCUCUCUGGGGCAACGUUCAUCUACACCCAGGUGUCAAUAACCAGCUUCCCCCCAGAAUGCUCCGCCCUCCUGGCUCUUCUUGGAACGUCCCGGCCGGUUUCCCCAGUCCCCCAAGCCCUGGGCUGCAGUGGGGUUAGAGCAGCACGGAGCGGAGCCCGAAGCUGGGCGCGGGAGAAGGGGGUCGUCGCGUGCCGCCCUCGGGCCGAGCUCAGCGGAGGCCCAGUCAGCGUGUGCAGCCUGCUCCCCGCCUGUCACCCCUGCCCUGCCGCCCCCGGCUGA